CGUGCGUGCGAAGAAACAGGGAGGUGUCUACAGUCUAUGCAAUAUCUCCAUUGAGACAUUGGGAGGGGGAAAUAUAGGAAGAAUUGAAUGGUAGCUACCCUGCGCGUGGAAGCGUAGAGAGGGAGAGAGAGAGAGAGAGAGAGAGAGACUAGACUGGCAAUUAUUUUUAGCAAUAACAAAGAGGUGGGAAGGGGGCAUUGAAAUCGAAAGAAAAUUGCCUGAGACAGUUUUGAGUGAAAAUUCGGAUCCCUUGGAUGCGAAAGAAUCAAAUCGUGACAUCAGCAUGAUCUUAGGUAGAAGUAAGCGGCAAUAACGACAACUAAACGUCAUUUCAACAGCAGGAGCACUCUUAUUUUGACUCAUUAUUAUCGGAAGAGACGCUGUUAUCUGAAAACCGACAAGAUACUGCAUGGAUACUUUCUCUAAAAUCCUACCAAAAACAAUAUAACAAAGAAAACGUCUUUUUGAUUGAGCUGUGUGUUAAUGUGCGUGUUUUGGCACGCACGCGAAACGAACCCAAACCCAAAUCAAACUCCUCCUCCCUCCUCCUCCCACCGUUUUCUCUCCUCCUCUCCCUCCCCCUCGUUUCUCUAUGCUCAGUUCGGUGUGUGUCUCCUCUUUCAAAGGGCGCAAGGGUGGGAACAAGUCGUCCAACAAAGCAUGUUACAGUGCAGACAUGACUUGUCCGUCGGAAAGCGAGAAAAUCGUGAUAAACUGCGGGGGGGUGAGGCAUGAAACCUAUCGAAGCACCCUGAAAACAUUGCCGGGUACCCGCUUAUCAUGGCUUACUGAACCGGACGCCUUUAGCAACUUCGAUUACGACCACAAAAACGACGAGUUCUUCUUUGAUCGCCAUCCAUCAGUCUUUUCGUUCAUCCUCAACUAUUACCGCACGGGGAAGUUGCACUGUCCGAACGAUGUGUGCGGUCCGCUGUUCGAAGAGGAGCUGGCAUUUUGGGGUAUCGAUGAGACGGACGUGGAGGCGUGUUGCUGGAUGAAUUACCGGCAGCAUAGGGAUGCAGAGGAGGCGUUGGAUAGCUUUGAAAACCCUGAACCAGAGCUGCCUGAAGACGACCCAGCGCUACCGGGAGGCGCGGAUGGGGACAUGAAGAGACUGUGCUUGCAUGAGGAUGGGAGGAAAAAGACUUGGUGGGAAAUCUGGCGCCCCAAAAUGUGGGCCCUUUUUGAAGACCCCUAUUCCUCAAAAUAUGCCCGGUACUGUGCGUUCCUCUCCCUUCUCUUCAUCCUCAUCUCCAUCUCCACCUUCUGCAUGGAGACGCAUGAGGCCUUCAACACCAUCUACAACAGGACGGAGAACAUGACGGUGGGCAACGUGACGCGCGAGGAGAUCGUGUACGAGGUGGUGACCGACAGCUGGCUCACGUACGUGGAGGGCAUGUGCGUUAUCUGGUUCACAAUCGAAGUCAUGGCGCGCGUGGUGUUCUGCCCCGACAAGGUGGAGUUCUUCCGGAGCACCCUGAACAUCAUCGACUUCAUCGCCAUCAUGCCCUUCUACCUGGAGGUGGGGCUGAGCGGGCUGUCCUCCAAAGCCGCCAAGGACGUGCUGGGCUUCCUGCGCGUGGUCCGCUUCGUCCGCAUCCUGCGUAUCUUCAAGCUGACGCGUCACUUCGUGGGGCUUCGCGUCCUGGGGCACACGCUCCGCGCCAGCACCAACGAGUUCCUCCUGCUCAUCAUCUUCCUGGCUCUCGGCGUGCUCAUCUUUGCCACCAUGAUCUACUACGCGGAGCGCAUCGGCGCCGAUCCAAACGACCCUACCGCCGCCAAACACACAGACUUCAAGAACAUCCCCAUCGGGUUCUGGUGGGCCGUGGUCACCAUGACCACGCUGGGCUACGGGGACAUGUACCCCGAGACGUGGUCGGGGAUGCUGGUGGGCGCGCUCUGUGCCCUGGCCGGGGUGCUGACCAUCGCCAUGCCAGUGCCCGUCAUCGUCAACAACUUUGGCAUGUAUUACUCUCUGGCCAUGGCCAAGCAGAAGCUGCCCAAAAAGAAGGGCAAGCACAUCCCUCGGCCCACCAUGCCGGGUUCGCCCAACUACUGCAAGCCCGACGCCCUCGCCAUGGCCACCGCCUCGCCCCAUAGGAUUCUGGGUAACGUACUCAGUGAUGUGAUCGGUUCCGGAGGUCUCGACUGCCCCCUCGCUCAAGAGGAGAUAAUAGAAAUCAACCGAGACUCCAAGCAGAACGGCGAUGCGGCCUCCGCGGCCCUCGCCAACGAGGACUGCCCCACCAUCGACCAGGUGAUGAGCCCGGACGAGCGGAGCCCCGCUGUGCGGGGGGGGCCGGGAGUGACCCGGGAACGCUAUCAGCAGGACCGCGCCUGCUUCCUGCUCAACACCAGGGAGUUCCGCGCCACCGAUGGGAACGUGCGUAAAGGCCGCCAUUGCAGUGCAAGUAUAUCUAAAGUCUGACAGUAGGGGUUUUGACAGGUGUGCUUAAAGAGUCCACCAGAUCAGAUGCAGUGUGGGGAUGCCUGGGAUGUUCUCUUCAGUCUUCCAAAUCAAAGUAUUUUUCGACUUAACUUUUGAUUGAAAUGUUUUAAACCAUCUUCUUGCUAAAUAUACUGUCAAAUGGGCUGUAAGGACAUUCCAUUUAUUUUUAAAAGAAGCAACAAUUUCGAUGCCUUUGAACCCUGGCCGUAUAAGAUACAUUUUAAAUGUGUUCUUUUACAAUGUAAAAUGAUUCAUGUGUUUAAGAACACAUAUGCAAGCAAACAUGGAAACACACAUUUGCGAGUACAAAAGGAAACUGACAUUUUAAUGUUACACUAAGCAGGAUAAGCUGAUGCUCCAUCUGAGCUUUAUAGCACCUCCAACUGAUAGAGUCAGUGUUAGCGUGACAUUGAAAAACUGAAACAGUGGAUGGAGCAACCACAAUCCUGUAUACAGUAACCUAGUACUGCUUUAGACAUGUCUGUGUGUGUACCAUUGCAGGAAUCUAGUAAAAAAAUUCUUCAUCAAUAUUUCACUGUGCUGCAUUCCAACUAAUGUGCCUCAGCAAGCUUGAAUAAAAGGAGGAUUUUUAUUUAUGGACGAGUGAUGUUUAAAGUGGUCUAGUUGGUCACAGUGGACUGCCACGUUGCCAUAGCAAAGUUUUUUUUCCCAAUGCAGCAAGGAAGCACAAAAGGCAUCAUGCCAAGUAGUGUUACUUGUUCUCUAUCUGUGAGAUGAAGAUCCAUAAUGCUUGGAGUUCUACAUCCAGACCGUGACUCUUCUAUUAGACUACGACCUAUAUUAACAAUGGCUGAACUGACACAUACUUUGUACUGAUAGUCUAGUGACAUGGUUGUGCUCUAUUGACUUGAGUCACGUAUUGACACCUGCACACCACACUAUUCUGCCCACUACCAGAAACGCAGCCAUUGUUACUGUAGUCAUUAUAUAAAUUGUUACGGUAGUCAUUAUAUAAAUUGUUACGGUAGUCAUUAUAUAAAUUGUUACGGUAGUCAUUAUAUAAAUUGUUACUGUAGUCAUUUUAUAAAAAAGCAAUUGUUUCUACCUACCAAUGGUGUUUUUUGACUGGACAGCACUCUUCAGCACACAACUGUCUAGUCUGGUGUCAAGUGUCUCUCUGUUUUCUACAGGUGGAGCUAAAUGUUUGCAUGCCUUAUCCACUUAAAUUACAGAGGGAAAAGCUACAUGGUGUACAGUGCUUUAAACAGAAACCUUAAUAUGCAGUUUGAUAGUGACACAAAAUUUCUGUAUUCAUUCCCAGCAUCUAUUACGGUACCAUUGACCAUGAUUGGUUUCAACACACUGUAGCAGCUGUGACGCUAAAUUGUGACAGUGUUCUAUCCUACAUUCAGAGCCGUAGCACUGGUUUACCAGUUCCUUUUCCCACUGUUAAUACAUCUCUGUUACAGGACGUGGUUACUUUGAAAGAGGAAGUGAGGUUGACAUUGUGGGGAAAGCUGUCAGGUUGUCAGGAACCUAAAGGGAGUAUUAAGAGAUGGGCUAUUUGUAACCACAGAUUUUGUGUCAAUACGCCUCACUUUCACUUCACAAAAUGGAUACGUUUGACUCAUGAUAAGACCCGGUUUUAUAAAAACAAUGUUAAAAUGACCCCUUUACUUCCUUGACAACUUAACUUGGUCAAAUGUUUCAGUGAAACCUCAGCUUUCAGUUUGUUGUAUUUGCUGCUGUCUUGGUCUUAAAGGGACAUGCUCUGCCUUUUGGACCUGGUUGCCUAAAACACCUGAACACAAGUCGUGUUAGCAACUGCCUUAUUAGGCCAUGUUAGGUGCUUUAUUCAACUGGUCUGAUGGUUUGAAUGUUUUAUUCAUGAAUACCUAUUAAUAAUAACUUUUGUUUUUCUCUUUUGAAAAGAAUUAUGAAUGACAUAAAUCAUAACUCGCAUUUUCUUGUUUUGUCCUGUCUUGUCUCUAUGUCUGUCCCUGUCUGUCUUUUAAAUGUCUCUUAACAUUUGAUAUUAUUUGCUCACAUUUUGAUUUGUCCUAAAUUUAUUCUGUUAUAUAAUGUUCUGUUUUACACUUAUCUGUUAACACCCUAAACUAAAUUUGGCUUUUAUAUGUAACUAUUUUACACCCAAACAACUGUCAAAAAUAUUGAUUUCUCGCAUCCACGUUGUCAUAACAUGUAUACAUUUUCUUUAAUUAAAAACGUAUAAUUUCACCCCAAAAAACUAAUCCAAAAAAACAUACAAAACAUUAUUUUAAACUAUUGCUUGUCAAUCAAAUGUUUUCCUCUUAAGCAACUGGCUAUGAGAAAUCUCGCAGCCUGAGCAACAUAUCAGGAAUGGCUGGGUCAGCUUUGCGCAUUGCCCCAAUCACUAGCCCU